AUGGCCGGGGAGCUGAUUUUAGGUGAUUUUUUCACGGACUUCAGCACAAAUGAAUUUGACUCUGUCCAGUCCACCCAAUCUUGGAUGACUGACAUCUUUGAAACUCUAGACGAUCAGCAAGUCACUCAUGAUGAUUUGAUAUUAGAAAAUAUUCCUGAAGAAAUUAAAAUUAAGUUGGAUGCUCCUCUCUGUGACAUUCUGAAAACGGAAACUGUCGUAGAUGAUUUCUUUGUCGGCGAUGAGAUUGAAAUAAGAGAAUCUACUUCCUUGGUCUCCUCAUUCUUAGAUGAUACAGCCAAUUCUGACGAAUCUAGUGGUUAUGCAUCUUGUGUGCAAUCUUCGAACAACUGUUCUCCAAACGUGAUCCACACGAAUAAUGAGUCUUCACGCCCUACAACUAUUCGUAUAGUCCCAACGUCAGAUACAAAGUCCUUUACUACUAACUCACCUCAUAAAAUCCAUGUGACGCGUAUCAGUCCUUCUCAAAACAACACUACUGUCCGAGCAGUUUUACAGGAGUCCUCUUUUAAGCUGGACGAUAAUAAACCCAAUCGUGUCCACUUCAUAUUGAGACCGUUACCCUCAGAUUCAUCGCAUAAAACAGUAUCUUUAAAUGAAAUAAGCCUUGAAAACAAAUCUUCAGAAAAGCUCUCUUACUUAAAUGAGCACUCACACCUGACUAAUUCUAAAGGUUCAUAUAAAUUAUUGCACGUCAAUAAAAUUGAAGAAGACCCAGUAUAUGAUCGAAAUGGUGUUUCCACUCGAUCAGACCGGUUUCAAAAGUCGCUUCUCAGUCAUCAAAACCUGAGCACUCAUUCUAAAAAUGCUGGCACCAGUAAAGGCCUCUCUAGACUGCCUGAUAUUGAUACUCCAUUCUACGAUGAUGGUUCAUCCAGUGAUUAUUCACAGUCAACGAAGAUCACACAGCAGCGGUUUUUCCAUGAUCAGAUGUAUUCUCGUAUUCGUGGUACCACGCGGAUUGGGCAGUCUGACAUCAAUCAUCCUCAUAUGUUAGUACUCACGGAGGAAGAGAAACGGACUUUAAUUGCAGAGGGUUAUUCCAUUCCAACGCGUUUACCUUUGUCUAAACAAGAUGAACGAAACCUUAAGAAGGUUCGACGAAAAAUUAAAAACAAAAUAAGUGCACAAGAAAGUCGCCGAAAGAAAAAAGAAUAUCUAGAGGCACUAGAAAGGAAAGUCAGUAUUUAUUCACAAGAGAAUAUUGAUUUGAAACGUCGUGUGGAUGGCUUAGAAAGUACAAAUCGUUCUUUGCUAGGUCAGUUGCGUCUAUUACAGCAACUUGUCAGUAAAUCUAAAUCCAGUAACACCCCAACUUCGACAUGCUCCACUGAUUCAAUCAAAACUGGAAAUCAAACAAACCAUUUGACUGCGAAUGGCAAUGGUUCUGUUGAUUCUGUAACUCGAAUUACUCAUAGUAAUGGUUCACCUUCCACUUGUUUAAUGGUCUUUGCUUUAUGUUUUGCUGCCUUAUGGAUUGGGCAACCUUCGGGAAAUGGCAAUCAAAACGCACUGAACACUGGUCUGAGCUUUACUUUGAGUCCUCAAAGUUCCUUCAAUUUCUGGGUAUCACAAGUUCCACAGCGUCUAGUAUCUGGUUCAUUAUCCCAGAUUGGUUACUCGUUCUCAAAACAACCCCAGUUUAGUGAGUAUAAACAUGGUUCUUCCAAUAAUUUUGGUGUAAAGAAGUCAUAUGACACCCAGUUUGUGGCGCAUGAUUCACCACAAGAACAAACAUCAAAAUUAGUCAGUCAGUUCCCUCUACAUUCUUCAGCUACUCAGAAAUUUCAUGUUCAGCGUUCGAGACUUCUUGGGGAAGCAAGUGAGUUGGAAGACUGUGGUCCUGGACAUUCAUUUUGGUCUUAUUUAUUCGGAAAUCCAACAUCAUCCAAACAUCAAAUUUGUGGUCGAAACGAUGAUCUACUCAUAACAGAACUUCAGCUUUUUGAUGACAUCGAAAGAGAUUUAAUGCUCACUCUAUCACCUAACUCAACAGAUUCUAAAUACUAUUCGAAAUUCAAUGAAUCCAAAAGCUCUUUUCAUGUAACUUGGCCACCUGUGAUAGAAUUAUCUUAA